AUGGACAAGACACGGAGUGCGCUGGUGGGUGUGGUGGUCUGCCUUGUACUGCUGGCUGCGCUCGCUGGCGCAUGCCCUUGGUCCUGCCCCAACGGACUCGUAGCGAGACAGAACCUUCUCUACAACGCCACUGCCAACGGCUGCGGACCCGCAGGCCUGCAUGUGAGCACCAAGUGGGAGUUCACGCCGUGCUGUGAUCACGACCUCUGCUAUCAGGUGUGUGGCGGAAGCAAGAAGGCCUGUGACGAUGCCUUUCUCAAGUGCUUGAACGAUGUGUGCAAACAAGUCAAAAAGAAGAAGCAGCAAGCUGAGUGCCAGCAAACGGCCGCGCUCUUCUCCUUGGCUACCACCACGUUUGGGUGCUCGUCCUACCAACAGUCUCAAACCGCUGCCUGUGUGUGCGACAGCCGAGACGAGCUCUAA